UCGAGUACAUAAAAUACCUGGGUUUGAGGGUUAUAUACUCUGCUGGAAAGGUUGUCGAAGAAUAUACACCAUGUCUGCCUCCGUGCUUCAAGUUGCUACAUGUGCUAUAUUACUUACAGGGAUUUGGGGACUACCAUUUGUCUCCGAGGAAGAAGCCAAUGAGUUCUUACGACUUAGGAGACAAGCACCUUUUUCAGGCUAUUGGGAUCCAGCUAGCCCCCAGAAUGGCUGGGGUAUGACCGUGGCAGAACAGGCCAGCGAAUACUGGACAUCGCUGAGGACGUCAGCACAGUACUACAUGGAUUUGGGAUCUGUCGCAUUUGGUACCGAUACAGCCAGGGACCACAUUAACUCUUACAUGGAUCUGUUAAGGGAAUCGGGAGCGCAUCUUCAGCAGCAGAAACGUAAACGCCACGUUAUUACACCUGAACCAAUCACUGACCCUUAUUGUGCAUAAAGUCCAUUGCUUAUGCCAACUUGACUGUCAACACCUCAGAUGAACUGUACUAUCCAAUGGAAAUUCUUUUCACAGGGACCAAAUUAACUCUCAUAUGGAUGUGUUGUGGCAAUUGGGAGCAAAUCUUCAGCAGAGGAGAAGUAAACGCCACAUUGUUAUAGUGGAACCAGACAUUGAUCCGAUUCCUCCAUUCAGAGUUUAGUGCACUGCUUAUGUCAACUUGACUCUAAACUGUAAGAUCAACACCUCAGACAAAUUGUACUAUCUAAUGGAUAUUCGGCAUCCUUUGAGUCAACAGAAACCUCUUCAGAAAGACUUGGAUUAAAACAGGCAUAGGCAAACUCGGUCCUCCAUAUGUUUUUGGCCUACAACUCCCAUGAUCCCUAACUAGCAGGACCAGUGGUCAGGGAUGAUGGGAAUUGUAGUCCCAAAGCAUCUGGAGGGCCGAGUUUGCCUAUGCCUGGAUUAAAAUAACAAGAGCAGAAUCCAUCAGGAAGCCAUCCAUCUUUCUCAGACAUAUAGGAGGUGCCCAAGAGGUGCCUAUUCAUCUCUUGUACAGCUCUUGUUUGCCUCAGGCUGUAGGUCUAGAGCUGCUAAACCCUAUUGUAUCCCACACAUCCAACAGAAUAUAAAAGAACACAACAGAACAUCAAACAUUAAAAGCUUCCUGAUACAGGGUUGCCUUCAGAUGUCUACGGAAUAUCACAUAAUUGUUUAUCGCUUUGACAUCUGACAGGAGCCCGUUCCAAAAGGUGGGCACCACUACCAAGAAGGUCCUCUUCCUGGUUUCCUGUAACUUCAGUUCCCUCAAUGAGGGAACCACCAGAAGGCCCUUGGAGCUGGACCUCAGUGUCCAGGCUGAACGAUGGUGGUGCAGAUGCUCCUUCAGGUAUACUGGGCUGAGGCCAUUUAGGACUUUAAAGGUCAGCACCAACUCUUUGAAUUGAGCUCGGAAAUGUACUGGGAGUCAAUGUAGGUAUUUUAGGACUGGUGUUAAAUGAUCCCAUUCUUGUAUCUUCAGGAAGUGUUGGUUAUUCUUACCAUCUCUCUGCCAUCUCUUCCUACCCGCAAUCACCACUUUUGUAUUGCUUCCUUCUUUUGUUUGCCUUGUCCUUCCUUCUUCCUGUAUUUACUAUUCCAGCUUCCAUGUCAAAUAUUCAGACAGCAGUUCUGAAACAUUUCCCCUAAAUAACCUACUUGAGAGUUGCUGUUAAUUUCAAUGGACCACUAAUAAACUUUGUUCUAAAAAAUCAAA